AUGGCAGCCUCCGGCGCCCCCACGCUGCAGAAGCAGCUGUAUGAGCUGCUGAGCAAGGCCGAGGCAGAGGCCAGUGGCAGCGCUGGGCGGCCAGUGGCGGAUUUCUGCUGUUCUGGGCAGCUUGGGCGCCUGUCUGCAGGCCUGACGGUGGCCGGCCUGGGCGCCCUGAGGCUCCCCCUGGGCGACCAGCAGGCCGAGCAGCUCAAGCAGCUCUGCACCAUGGCUCCCUACGGGAAGGGGGAACACACGGUCGUGGACCCAGCAGUGCGCCACACCUGGCAGUGCGAGCCCGCGCAGUUCACAGUCAGCGAGCGGUGGCAGGAGGAGGUGGUGGCGGAGGCGGUGCGGCACACCAAGGCCACACUGGGCAUCAGCACCGACACAGAGGUGGAGGCUCAACUCUACAAGCUCCUGCUGUAUGAAGCUGGCAGCAAGUUUCUGCCGCACCGCGACACGGAGAAGGCAGAGGGGAUGUUUGGCACGCUGACCCUGAUGCUGCCCUCGCGGUACCAGGGCGGCGAGCUGGUGGUGCGCCACGCCGGCAAGGAGGUCUGCCUGGACCUGGCAGCCAGGAAUGCCGCCAGCUCCUGCUUUGCCGCCUUCUACGCCGACUGUGAGCACGAGAUCCUGCCGGUCACGGAGGGCCACAGGCUGGCCCUGGUCUGCAAUCUGGUCUACUCUGGGCAGGGGCCCCCGCCGCCACAGCUGCCGCCAGGCGACCCGUCGGUGGCGCGAGUGGCGGAGCUGGUGCGGCAUUGGGGAGCCAAUGCCAAGGGCCCCGCAAAGCUCUGCUUCAUGCUGGAGCACAGGUACAGCCAAGAGUCCUUAGAGAAGCGCGGCGUGGAUGCGCUGAAGGGCGCAGACCGCGCGGUCGCGCACCUGCUGCUGGCGGCAGGCCGGGCGGGCGGCGGCGCUGAGCUGGACGCCUCGCUGGCGCUCGUCACGCGCGUCACCACCCAGGGCGCCAUGGACGAGGAUGAUGCUAUGGAGGCAGAGGAGGAGGAGGUGGAGUUUGUGGAGCAAGUGCAGGACGUCAGGGCCUCCCAAUGGGCGGUCCUGGCGGGGCCGGCGCCGGCCUUCAGCAGCCUGUCGCUGAGCCCUGGGACGGAGCUGGUGCAUGGCGGCAGCUACUGGGCCAUGGCGCCAGACGAGGCCAGGGGGCAGUUUGCUGGCAACGAGGGCUCCUACAUGAAGAGGUGGUACCGCCGCGUAGGCAUCGUCUUCUGGCCCCGCUCCAAGCGCCUGCUCAAUACCGUCGCCGCCGAUUGCAGCUGCCAAGUGCUGCGCCUGCUUGCGAUGCUGAACCCUGAAGAGGGGCAGGGUGGCGGGGAGGUGACGCAGGACCAGCCUGCACAUCAGGCACUGGAUCACCUGCUCAAGUUGGCCCGCCAGGAGGAGGCUGAGCCGGGCGAGGCGGAGGAAUAUGAGGGCUACAGCAGCGGCGACUACGAGAUGGGGAUGCUUGUGGAGAGCGCGCAUCGGCGGCAGGAGGACAGGGAGGGCAGGAGGCACUGGGGCCCGGAGCCCGAGGCCACGCCCGCCGAGCUGGCAGCCGCCAUCGUCCACUACCUUUCAGGUGCUGGAGGAGGCGCAGCUGAUGCCAGAUGA